AUGGAGACGGGGGCGACGACGCGCGGGCGAUGGCGCGUCGACGCGCGGUUUCGGUUUCGCGCGCGCGGCGAUUGCGGGCGAACGCGCGGCGACGGCGGGCGGGCUCGAACGCGCGCGACGGCGCUGAUGGAGACGCGCGUUCGACGUCGCGCCGUCGUGGCUAGAGAUGCGAGCGAUUUCGCCAACGACGGUGGGGCGUACGAGCGGUUUUCGUCGCGAGAGGAAGCGCGGCGGGACGACGCGGCGGAGGCGGCGGGCGACGCGGCGUCGGUCUCGAGCGCGUCGAGCGCGUUCGAAGGGGGGGAGGACGGACGGAACAGAGUCGAGACACGUUCGAGCGCGUCGAGGGCGGACCGAGAGAUGUACGACGCGGAGUUUACGUCGUUCAUGCGCGCUCGCGCGCAAGCGAACGAGGCGGAGACGCGCAAGCGGUGGAACGAAGGCGCGGCGACGCCUCGAGUGGCGUUCGAUCUCGGAUCAGAUUACAUCAGACGCGUCGCCGUGGCGUAUCCUUACUCCGCGGUGGGUUCCGCGCGCGGGACCGUCGCGAUUUGCGACGUCGUGAACGCCUCGGCGAUCGCGGUGGCGCCCUUGGCGCACGGCAGAGACUGGUUGGAAGCGAACGACAGACCGCUCGGCGAGCGCGUGCUCCUCGGCGCGCACGACGGAGGAGCGGUGACCGCGAUGGCGCUUAAAACGUUGGUCGUGCCCGCGAAGGGCGAUAAGGAGAGCUUUGCCUUUGUCGCGUCCGGAGGACGAGACGGUUCUCUGCGUCUUUUUGAGGCGAGUAAAAACUCAGCCGCCCUGCGAGAGCUGGGUCACGCGACGCACGAUAACGUCGUUACCGGCGUCACGUUUGCGCGUGAUUCGUUGUGGAGCGUCGCGCUCGAUGGUCAUCUCUGUCGAUGGUCGCUCUCUCCGCGCGCGACCGCCGCGGGUGAAAACGCGACUACGAAGCGAGCGCGAGAAUCGCUCAUCGAUAUCGCGGGAGAUUACGUUCGCGAAUCGUCGCCGGCGCUCACAAAGCAAGGAGAAUGGGAGAAUACGCAGCCGACGUUGUGCAUGAGCUCUUGUGAGAAAACAGGCUUGAUUUCGGUCGGUAACGCCGACGGAUCGGCCGCCGUACUGAGCGCCUCGGCGAGCUCAUUCGACGGAGAAAGCUCAGUCAUGCAGACAUGGAGCGCGCACGAGGGAUCGACGGUGCGGGCCAUCGCGCAUUGCCCUGGGAACGGCAUCAUCACGGGUGGCGGUGACGGUAUCAUUCGGGUUUGGCGUCUCAUGGUGGAUGACGACGCCGGUUUCGAUUCCCUCCCCGGGCGCGCGUCGCACCGCGUCGCAAAGGUGCGGUGCGUCCCGCGUCUCGCGGCCGAGCUGCGCGGUCACACCGCCGCGGUGGUCUCUCUCGCGACGGGAUGUCCCGGACGUCUAGUCAGUGGCGCGCAGGACGGAACGAUUCGAGUUUGGGAUUUGGAUCUCACCGACUCAAAGCCAGGUCAGCGCGUAAAGGCGAUUCGGAGAGACGCGCGCUACGCCGUGCUCGGGCACACCGUGUGGUUGGGUAGCACGUACGCCGAUUCCGAACGCAUCAUUUGCGAUGGAGCGAAUAACGUUCUGCUCGAGUACGACUUCUCCACGCCAACCGACGACGCCUAG